AUGAAAAUCGAAGACUGCAGCCUUCAGUAUGGAUUACAACUUAAUGCAGAGAAGCCAAAAUUUCCAAAACUGGAUCAAACGGUAGCAGCUGAAGUUAGGAAGCAGAUCUCUGGACAAUAUAGUGGUUCUCCCCAACUGCUCAAAAACCUCAACAUUGUUGGCAAUAUAUCCCAUCACACCACAGUGCCCCUUACUGAAGCAGUGGAUCCAGUGGACUUGGAAGAUUACCUCAUUACUCAUCCUUUAGCUGUAGAUUCUGGACCUCUGCGGGACUUGGUUGACUUUCCUCCAGAUGAUGUUGAAGUUGUUUAUAGCCCCAGGGAUUGUAGAACCCUUGUUUCAGCUGUACCAGAAGAAAGUGAGAUGGAUCCACAUGUUAGAGACUGUAUAAGAAGCUAUACAGAAGACUGGGCAGUUGUGAUCAGAAAGUAUCACAAACUGGGAACAGGAUUUAAUCCCAAUACAUUAGAUAAACAGAAAGAAAGGCAAAAGGGUUUGCCCAAACAAGUCUUCGAAUCUGAUGAAGCUCCAGAUGGCAACAACUACCAGGAUGAUCAAGAUGAUCUUAAAAGACGUUCAAUGUCAAUAGAUGAUACUCCAAGAGGUAGCUGGGCCUGCAGUAUUUUUGACUUGAAAAAUUCUCUUCCUGAUGCUUUGCUUCCCAAUUUACUCGAUCGGACUCCAAAUGAAGAAAUAGACCAUCAGAAUGAUCAACAAAGGAAAGCACACCGUCACAAGGAGCUCUUUGGUCUGCAUCCAUCACCAGAUGAGGAAGAACCGAUAGAACGACUUAGUGUUCCUGAUGUACCCAAAGAACAUUUUGGUCAAAGACUUCUUGUAAAAUGUUUAUCACUCAAGUUUGAGAUAGAAAUUGAGCCUAUUUUUGCAAGUUUGGCUUUAUAUGAUGUCAAGGAAAAGAAAAAGAUUUCAGAAAACUUUUAUUUUGACCUUAAUUCUGAGCAGAUGAAAAUAUUGUUACGUCCACAUGUCCCACCUGCUGCUAUUACCACCCUGGCAAGAUCAGCUAUUUUUUCUAUAACUUACCCUUCCCAAGAUGUCUUCCUUGUAAUAAAGAACAAGGAAAAGUUGGAGAAGUUGAAAAGUCAAGCAGAUCAAUUUUGCCAAAGACUUGGGAAAUAUCGCAUGCCUUUUGCUUGGACUGCUAUUCAUUUAAUGAAUAUUGUCAGCAGUGCUGGAAGUUUGGAAAGAGAUUCCACAGAAGUAGAAGUCAGCUCUGGAGAACGAAAAGGGUCUUGGUCAGAGAGGAGGAAUUCUAGCAUCGUCGGCAGGCGGUCACUUGAGAGGACAACAAGUGGAGAUGAUGCUUGUAACCUGACCAGCUUUCGACCUGCUACUCUCACAGUGACAAAUUUUUUUAAACAGGAAGGAGAUCGCCUGAGUGAUGAAGAUUUGUACAAAUUCCUUGCUGAUAUGAGGAGGCCGUCUUCCGUCUUACGGCGACUAAGACCGAUUACAGCUCAGCUGAAAAUAGACAUUUCUCCAGCACCUGAAAAUCCCCAUUAUUGCCUAACUCCAGAGCUGCUUCAAGUAAAGCUUUACCCUGAUAGUAGAGUUAGACCUACCAGAGAAAUUUUGGAAUUUCCUGCUAGAGAUGUCUAUGUUCCAAAUACUACUUAUAGAAACCUCCUCUACAUAUACCCUCAGAGUCUGAAUUUUGCCAAUCGUCAGGGUUCUGCCAGAAAUAUAACAGUGAAAGUCCAGUUUAUGUAUGGUGAGGAUUCGAGCAAUGCCAUGCCGGUAAUCUUUGGUAAAUCUAGCUGUUCAGAAUUUUCAAAGGAAGCCUAUACAGCCGUAGUAUAUCAUAACAGGUCUCCUGAUUUUCAUGAAGAAAUCAAGGUUAAACUCCCUGCUACUUUAACCGACCAUCAUCAUUUGCUUUUUACUUUCUAUCAUGUUAGUUGUCAACAGAAACAAAAUACCCCACUCGAAACUCCAGUUGGAUAUACAUGGAUACCAAUGCUUCAGAAUGGACGACUGAAGACUGGUCAGUUUUGCUUACCAGUCUCACUGGAAAAACCGCCACAGGCAUAUUCUGUACUGUCCCCGGAGGUUCCUUUACCUGGCAUGAAGUGGGUAGAUAAUCACAAAGGGGUUUUUAAUGUUGAAGUUGUUGCAGUUUCAUCCAUCCACACACAAGAUCCUUAUCUCGACAGAUUUUUUGCUCUGGUGAAUUCUUUGGAUGAACACAUGUUCCCAGUACGAAUAGGGGAUAUGCGAAUCAUGGAAAACAACCUAGAAAAUGAGCUGAAGAGCAGUAUUUCAGCAUUGAAUUCAUCUCAGUUGGAACCGGUGGUUCGAUUUCUUCAUCUUCUUCUUGAUAAACUGAUUCUGUUAGUUGUCAGACCUCCUGUCAUUGCUGGCCAAAUAGUUAAUCUAGGUCAAGCAUCUUUUGAAGCCAUGGCAUCAAUUAUAAAUCGACUUCAUAAAAACUUAGAAGGAAAUCAAGACCAGCAUGGCCGAAACAGCCUACUUGCAUCAUAUAUCUACUAUGUUUUUCGCCUACCAAAUACUUAUCCUAAUUCACCGUCACCAGGUCCUGGGGGUUUGGGAGGAUCAGUGCAUUAUGCCACAAUGGCUAGAUCUGCCGUGAGACCUGCCAGCCUUAAUUUAAAUCGCUCCCGGAGCCUUAGUAAUAGUAACCCAGAUAUAUCUGGGACUCCCACAUCACCAGAUGAUGAAGUACGGUCAAUCAUCGGCAGUAAGGGUUUAGAUCGCUCCAAUUCCUGGGUUAACACUGGUGGUCCAAAAGCUGCCCCAUGGGGAUCCAACCCCAGUCCAAGUGCAGAAACAACACAGGCUGUGGAUCGAAGUUGUAAUCGUAUGUCUUCGCACACAGAGACGUCAAGUUUCUUACAAACAUUAACGGGACGUUUACCGACAAAAAAGCUUUUUCACGAGGAGCUGGCUUUGCAGUGGGUUGUUUGCAGUGGCAGUGUUCGAGAAGCAGCUUUGCAGCAAGCCUGGUUCUUUUUUGAGUUAAUGGUAAAGAGCAUGGUCCAUCAUCUAUACUUCAACGAUAAACUUGACGCAUCGAGGAGAAAUCGUUUCCCAGAACGUUUCAUGGACGACAUUGCUGCUCUUGUCAGCACAAUUGCUAGUGAUAUUGUUUCACGGUUUCAGAAGGACAUAGAGAUGGUUGAGAGACUCAACACAAGUCUGGCUUUCUUCCUGAAUGAUCUGCUGUCUGUAAUGGACAGAGGAUUUGUCUUUAGCCUUAUUAAGUCCUGCUAUAAACAGGUAUCUUCAAAGCUUUAUUCAUUACCAAAUCCAAGUGUUUUAGUAUCCUUGAGGUUGGAUUUUUUGAGAAUCAUCUGCAGCCAUGAGCACUAUGUUACGUUAAAUUUACCUUGCAGUUUACUUACUCCCCCUGCAUCUCCUUCCCCUUCUGUUUCUUCAGCGACAUCUCAGAGUUCUGGAUUUUCCACAAAUGUACAAGACCAGAAGAUUGCAAAUAUGUUUGAAUUGUCCGUACCAUUCCGGCAGCAGCAUUAUUUGGCAGGACUUGUUUUAACUGAGCUGGCCGUCAUUUUAGACCCUGAUGCAGAAGGUCUGUUUGGACUGCAUAAGAAAGUUAUCAAUAUGGUACACAAUUUACUAUCCAGUCAUGACUCGGACCCACGGUAUGCCGACCCCCAGAUAAAGGCCCGGGUGGCCAUGUUGUAUCUACCUCUGAUUGGCAUUAUCAUGGAGACGGUACCUCAGCUGUAUGAUUUCACAGAGACUCACAACCAGCGAGGAAGACCCAUUUGUAUAGCCUCCGAUGAUUAUGAAAGUGAGAGUGGAAGCAUGAUAAGCCAGACCGUUGCCAUGGCAAUUGCAGGAACUUCAGUCCCUCAGCUAACAAGGCCUGGCAGUUUCCUCCUUACAUCAACGAGUGGCAGACAACAUACUACUUUUUCAGCAGAAUCAAGUCGAAGCCUUUUGAUCUGUCUACUUUGGGUUCUCAAGAAUGCUGAUGAGACAGUUCUACAAAAGUGGUUUACAGAUCUCUCAGUCCUCCAGCUAAACCGGCUAUUAGAUCUACUUUACCUCUGUGUAUCUUGCUUUGAGUACAAGGGAAAGAAGGUUUUUGAAAGAAUGAAUAGUUUAACCUUUAAGAAAUCUAAAGACAUGAGAGCAAAGCUUGAAGAAGCGAUUCUUGGGAGCAUCGGAGCUAGGCAAGAAAUGGUACGCCGAAGCCGAGGACAACUCGAAAGAAGCCCAUCCGGAAGUGCCUUUGGAAGUCAAGAAAAUCUUAGGUGGAGAAAGGAUAUGACUCAUUGGCGCCAAAACACAGAGAAACUUGACAAGUCAAGAGCAGAAAUUGAACACGAAGCACUAAUUGAUGGAAACCUAGCAACUGAAGCAAACCUAAUCAUUUUGGAUACUUUAGAGGUUGUUGUUCAGACAGUUUCUGUAACAGAAUCCAAAGAGAGCAUCCUUGGUGGGGUGCUGAAAGUGCUACUACAUAGCAUGGCCUGUAACCAAAGUGCAGUUUAUCUACAACACUGCUUUGCUACACAGAGAGCCCUGGUCUCAAAAUUCCCUGAACUCUUGUUCGAAGAAGAGACUGAGCAGUGUGCUGAUUUAUGUCUCCGGCUUCUCAGACACUGUAGCAGUAGUAUCAGUACAAUGCGGUCACACGCUAGUGCCUCACUCUACCUACUGAUGAGACAGAACUUUGAGAUUGGAAAUAACUUUGCCAGGGUUAAAAUGCAGGUUACCAUGUCACUUUCCUCACUUGUGGGCACGUCUCAGAAUUUUAAUGAAGAAUUCUUAAGACGCUCUCUAAAGACUAUAUUGACAUAUGCUGAAGAAGAUCUGGAAUUAAGGGAAACAACAUUUCCUGACCAGGUUCAGGAUUUGGUUUUCAAUCUUCAUAUGAUUCUCUCUGACACUGUUAAAAUGAAGGAACACCAGGAGGAUCCUGAAAUGUUGAUUGACCUAAUGUACAGAAUCGCCAAAGGCUAUCAGACCUCUCCGGAUCUGCGCUUGACCUGGUUGCAGAACAUGGCUGGCAAACAUUCUGAACGCAGCAAUCACGCUGAAGCUGCGCAGUGUCUGGUCCAUUCAGCAGCCCUUGUUGCUGAAUAUUUGAGCAUGCUUGAAGACCGGAAGUACCUUCCUGUGGGAUGUGUAACCUUUCAGAAUAUUUCAUCUAAUGUUUUGGAAGAAUCUGCAGUGUCAGAUGAUGUGGUUUCUCCAGAUGAAGAAGGUAUCUGCUCUGGAAAGUACUUUACUGAGUCAGGACUUGUGGGAUUACUGGAACAAGCAGCUGCUUCUUUCUCUAUGGCUGGCAUGUAUGAAGCAGUUAAUGAGGUUUACAAAGUACUGAUUCCAAUUCAUGAAGCUAAUCGGGAUGCAAAGAAACUGUCCACGAUUCACGGUAAACUUCAAGAAGCAUUCAGCAAAAUUGUUCAUCAGAGUGCUGGCUGGGAGCGAAUGUUCGGCACCUAUUUUCGUGUUGGUUUCUAUGGAACCAAGUUCGGGGAUUUGGAUGAACAGGAAUUUGUGUACAAGGAGCCUGCAAUAACCAAACUUGCAGAGAUAUCCCACAGAUUGGAGGGAUUUUAUGGAGAACGAUUUGGAGAGGAUGUGGUUGAAGUGAUCAAGGACUCUAAUCCGGUAGACAAGUGUAAAUUAGACCCUAACAAGGCAUACAUUCAGAUUACCUACGUGGAGCCAUAUUUUGAUACAUAUGAGAUGAAGGACAGAAUCACAUAUUUUGAUAAAAAUUAUAAUCUUCGCCGUUUCAUGUACUGUACCCCCUUCACUGUGGAUGGCCGUGCCCAUGGAGAGCUUCACGAGCAGUUCAAACGGAAGACCAUCUUGACGACUUCACAUGCCUUUCCUUAUAUUAAAACUAGGGUCAAUGUCACGCACAAAGAGGAGGUCAUCUUGACGCCAAUUGAAGUUGCUAUCGAAGACAUGCAGAAAAAGACACAGGAGUUAGCAUUCGCAACACAUCAGGAUCCCACAGACCACAAAAUGCUCCAGAUGGUCCUUCAGGGAUCUGUAGGCACAACCGUGAACCAGGGGCCCUUGGAAGUUGCCCAGGUGUUCCUGUCAGAAAUACCCAGUGACCCAAAGCUCUUCCGACAUCAUAACAAACUGCGACUCUGCUUUAAGGAUUUUACUAAAAGAUGUGAAGAUGCCUUAAGAAAAAAUAAGAGUUUGAUUGGGCCUGAUCAAAAGGAAUAUCAAAGGGAACUGGAGAGAAACUACCAUCGCCUUAAAGAGGCCCUGCAGCCUCUGAUAAACAGAAAGAUCCCUCAGUUAUACAAGACAGUAUUGCCUAUCACCUGCCACAGAGAUUCCUUCAGUCGAAUGAGCCUUCGCAAAAUGGAUCUCUAAAAUGAAAGCACUUGUUUUAUUAAUUUGAAAAGAGCCACGUAUUCCAACUUUUAGGUGUGAAAAGUUAAGAUCUAUUGAAAAAUAAGACUUAAGGCGUAAUUCUGGAAAUUAUUGCAUUAACUUAUUCACUGAAGAAUGCAGUGGCCAAAUGAUCAUCCGAUGUGGACUGUUGAAGAUUGAGAAUUAUGGCUAUGGUUUCAAACGUUCUGGUAAUAUGCCGUUAUCCUUUUUAAAGACAUUUUAAUGACGCGAAGGUACAUUAUACAUUUACCAUUAUUUAUAGCAUAGCUAAUGUUAAAAUGAUUUAAUUUUAAGUUCAUAUUUUUAAUUUAUAUUAACAUUUAUAGAUUCAUUUUGCAAACACUUUAAAUGUAGUAAUGCUUAUUUUAAAGGUACUAUUAAAUAUGUGAAUGUUUACACUAA